UUCAAAAAUGCAUUGGGCUCCCUCCAUUUCGACGAACGGGUUGGGACGAGCAGUGGCCCCAUUUGAUCUGCAGCGAAAUCGAUCGAUCUGCAUUCUGCAGGAAGCUCGUCUUCUUGGGUUCGGCGUGAUCUCUCUGGAGAUGGAUUGAGUUGAGCCCUCGGGGGAGGUGAAGGGGGGGCUUUUAGUGCGUUCGCUUCUUCUUCGAGCAUUCCUCGCCGUCCCGACGUCCCGACGUCCCGCGAUUCUUCUUCCACAGUUCAAAAUCCCGCUUCGACGCUGAGUUCGAUCGCUCGUGUUGGGUGGGAAUCGGAUCGGCUGUUUGGGGUGCGCCGUGCGUUGGGAAUCUUUCGAAAUGGAGAAGCCUCUUCGCUACGAUGAGGCAGACAUUAAAGUGUCUACGAGUUUGGUUGAUAAGAUAUAUGGUGGUUUCUCUGAUGGUUUGCAUUUCGCUACUCUUAGUUCAAGCUUGAGGACGAAUGAAGUUGACCUGGUAAGAGGUGUCUUGCAGAUCUUGCAAGGUUUAUCUAGUUCUUUAUUCUAUUGGGACCAAGGCAAGAAGUGUUUCUGUGCGACAACUGGGAUAUAUGUCACCCAUCUUUCUCGGACAAGUCUUCAUGCCAUUCUCAGCCAGUUUAGCUACGCCGCUACUUGCUUAAAGCUGGUUGAUCUUAUAGUUGAUAGGGUAAAAACAUGUUCGAGAUCACCUCCCCCUACCUUGAGGGCAUUUGUAUGUUCCGUUUCCUCAUGGAUUACGAGAUUGCGGCAGAUUGCUUUGAAGGAGGAAAUUCAGAUGAGCAAUUUGAAUGGUGGAAUGACCCCAACCCUGUUGGGACUAGCAAGUUCUUUAUCCAGUCUUUGCUCAGGUGCUGAGUAUCUUUUGGAAGUAGUUCAUGGGACAAUUCCUCUGGCGUACUUUGAGCCUGUGUCUUCUGUUACAGCUUCUGAGGUGGCGGCUUAUAUCCUUGACUCACUUUAUAAAAGGCUCGAUGAAGCUUGUCUGGUACAAGGUGGUGAGGAGGAAGCUUACCAGAUGCUUCUUUAUUUAUUUGUCGGAAGUGUGUUGCCAUAUAUAGAGGGUCUGGAUUCCUGGCUUUAUGAAGGAAUAUUGGAUGAUCCUUUUGAGGAGAUGUUCUUUUAUGCUAGCAAGGAUGUCACGGUUGAGGAUGCUGACUUUUGGGACAGGAGUUAUCUUUUGAGACUAGCACAGGAUCGCAAGUUAGAUGCUCGGCAAUCUGUUGUCAAUAACUCCAAGGAUCGUGUACCUUUAACGGGUGAUAGGAAGGAAACAACAGAAAGGGAACUGAAUCCUGGCUCUUUGAAAGCUAGGGAGUGGAGUGAGAGAGAUAGGCAAGUGUGUCCUAUGUUUAUUAAGGACAUUUCUAAAUCAAUUGUUUCUGCUGGCAAGUCAUUCCAGCUAAUGCAGCACGUCCCAACAAUCUCCUCUGAUGCUUUGCUUCGGAGGAGUAAUUAUGAAGCUGAUGCUUUGGAAUGUUCUGUCAAUCUUAACGGCUUAAAAAAGAUUUAUUGUAGGCACAGCAUGGCCGGAUUGACUCUAUCAGAAACCUUUUCUGUGUCACUGGCUGGUCUUAUUGGCCAUGUUGAUGAAUUGUCGAGAUACUUUCAGCAAAUAAAACUGGGGAAAGGAGAGGAAGCUUUACCUUCUUCUUACCUCUCAGAGAAGACAUGGUUCAAGCUUUUGAUGAAUACGAUUUCUCAUAGGAAAGAGAUUUCUUAUGAUACUGGGGCGGCAAGUGAUGUUCUUAAUUCAGAGCACUAUAAUAUAGGUUCAAGAGCGAUUGAUGAUGAACUUUCUGUAGGGUCCUUUUGUCCUGAGAAUCCAGUUCUUACUGUUUGCCACAAAAGACUAGCUAAGAGUGUGGAUACCUGGAAAUGGCUGAACUUAUCUAAAUGCUAUCAUCUUCCUCCACUGAAUGAUGAGGUCAUGUGGAAGGCUAUUUUUGGUGAAGAGAGUGGACAAACUCAAGGAACUGAUUUUGCAUUAAAAUUUAGUUUUGGCCAGUUUGAAUAUCAACAUGUGCAAAAUGACGCAAAGCUAUUAGAAGGAUUGUUUCCUUUUCCUACUCUUCUUCCUUCCUUUCAGGACGACAUCCAUGUGUCAGGACUCUUGCCAUUUCAGAGAAAUAGUACCCUUCCAUCAAGAACGCUUGGUUGGAUUCAACAUGUUGAACCAAGAAGUGCUCCCCUUCCUCUAGCCAUUGUGCAGGAAUGCCUUGUAGUUUACAUAGAGAGGCAGGUGGAUUAUAUAGGCAAGCAAAUAUUAUCAAAGUUAAUGCAUGACUGGAGAUUGAUGGAUGAACUAGCGGUGUUGCGUGCCAUAUUCUUGUUAGGUUCAGGUGAUCUAUUGCAGCACUUUUUGACGGUGAUAUUCAAUAAGCUGGAUAGGGGGGAGAACUGUGACGAUGAUUUUGAAUUGAACACAUUAUUACAGGAGUCCAUUAGGAAUUCUGCUGAUGGAAAUCUACUGACUUCUCCCGAUUCAUUAAUUGUAUCUAUCUCUAGAAGUCAAGGCUCUAAUAAUGACGAGCAAAAUACCACGACUGCCUUCACCUCCACCCCUCGUAAAGGAUCUGUACAGAGCCUUGGAAUUGACGGUCUGGAUUCUCUGAAGUUUUCAUAUAAGGUUUCUUGGCCACUUGAACUUAUUGCAAACGCAGAAGCUAUUAAGAAAUAUAACCAGGUUAUGGGGUUCUUAUUAAAGGUUAAGCGUGCAAAGUUUGUUCUGGAUAAAGCUCGGAGGUGGAUGUGGAAGGGUAAAGGAAUUGCAACAUACAGCCGCAAGCAUCACUGGUUGGUCGAGCAAAAGCUUCUCCAUUUCGUAGAUGCCUUUCACCAAUAUGUGAUGGACAGAGUCUAUCACAGUGCAUGGCGCGAACUUUGUGAGGGUAUGGCCACUGCUCGAUCACUGGAUGAGGUCAUGGAAGUGCAUGAGGCCUACUUACUGUCAAUUCAGCGGCAAUGUUUUGUGGUUCCAGAUAAGUUGUGGGCUCUGAUUGCCAGCCGGAUCAACAGCAUUCUCAAUUUAGCUUUGGACUUCUAUUCCGUACAACAGACACUUAGUAGUGGAGGAGCAAUUCCUACUAUCAAGGCCAGAUGUGAGAUGGAAGUGGAAAGGAUUGAGAAACAGUUCGACGAUUGUAUCGCUUUCCUUCUUAGGGUCCUAUCUUUCAAGCUUAAUGUGGGAAACUUUCCUCAUUUGGCUGAUCUAGUGACGAGGAUAAAUUACAACUAUUUCUACAUGUCUGACGGCGGAAACUUGAAGACUCGCACUGGCACUGAAAGUGUGGCUUCUAGAUUCAGGAAGGCCUCUUCUGGUGGAGCUGAGUAGAUCAUGCUGACGAUUGAUUGGUCACACAUGAAGAGACAAGGGUUUGUUGAAUCUGUUGUUGCUCGCAGAACAUCACCUUUGAGCUGCAUUUGGGAGGCCAUCGAAGGUAAGAAGUACGCACGAAAAGAUGGGCAAUCAGAAUGAGCAAAAGUACCACAUUCCGUUGUUAUACCGGCGUUGCAAUUUUUGGGUGGUAGUUUUUUUUUUAAUCUAUGCAACUCUCUCUGAUGGUCAAGUUGUAAAUUCCCUGUAAAUCAUACUGUAUUUCUCUGUUGUGCUUUUGGCUUAAGCUACUGAUGAUUUCUCCAAACCACUUGCGUUUUGAGUACUUCUAUUGCUCUGAAUUAAUCGGAAACAUUUAAAAUAUACACCAAGAAGGAUCAAUUUUUGAGUCCA